AUGGCCAGCUCAGGUAUCUGUCAGCUCCAGGGACACUUCAGGCUGAAUGGGAUGUACCAGGAUGGAGACCUUCUCAUUGGUGGUUUGUUUGAGGUUCAGUACCUUAAAGCAUUCCCAGAGCUGAGCUUUAGAACGGAGCCAAAACAACCACACUGUGAGCUCUUCUAUAUGACAAGCUUCCAGCAAGCACUAACAAUGGUUUUUGCCAUCAACGAGAUUAAUAACAAUCCCAACCUGCUGCCUAACAUCACGCUUGGUUACCAGAUCUACGACAACUGUUUAAGGCUUGGAGUGGCAUUCCGUGGUGCCACAGCUCUGGUUAGUGGGACAGAGGAGACCUUCUCUGAUCUCAACUGCAAAGGCCCACCACCAGUGAUUGGAAUCAUAGGUGAUCCAGGUUCUACUCAUUCUAUUGCAAUUUCCAGUGUCCUGGGGCUGUUUCGACUGCCUAUGAUUAGCUACUAUGCCACCUGCUCCUGUUUGAGUGACAGGAAAAAGUACCCCUCUUUCUUCAGAACAAUCCCCAGUGAUGCCUUCCAGGUGCGGGCUAUGGUUCAGAUUUUGAGACAUUUUGGAUGGACCUGGGUUGGUCUUCUCUACAGUGAUAAUGACUAUGGUAUCUACGCUGCUCAGUCCUUCCAUCAGGAAAUGCAGCUGUUUGGACAUUGUGUUGCUUUUUCUGAAAUACUGCCCCAUGUUAAUAACCCCAGAGAUAUCCAACGUAUAAUGGGAGUGAUUCACGCCUCUACAGCUAGAGUGGUGGUUGUUUUUUCUGCUUCAUCCUUACUGAUACCUUUGAUGGACGAAGCUUUGUUGCAGAACAUGACAGGCAGGCAAUGGUUUGCAAGUGAAGCUUGGGCCACUUCACCUGUGUUUCGCACACCACGUUUCCUGCCCUUCCUGGGGGGCACACUGGGCAUUGCCAUCAGACGUGGGGAGAUUGAGGGUCUUCAUGACUUUCUGUUACAUCUUCGUCCCAACAAUGAUCAAAGAAAUAAUUUGUUGAGGAUCUUCUGGGAGAACAUGUUUGGGUGCAGUUUUGAAACUGGGGGUAAAGAGACAGAAGGAGGGCAAGUGAAAAAGCUCUGUACAGGACAGGAGGAUCUGAGCACCACAAACUCACCAUACACUGAUGUUUCAGGGUUGAGAGCAUCUUAUAAUGUGUAUAAAGCAGUUUAUGCCCUGGCACAUGCACUUCAUGAACUGAUGCAGUGUGAAGAGGGCAGAGGACCAUUCAGUGGGAACAGUUGUGCUGACACAACAAAUCUGAAACCCUGGCAGCUGGUUCACUACCUACAAAAAGUGAACUUCACCACAGGCUUUGGGGAUCAUGUGUCAUUUGAUAAAAAUGGAGAUGCUCUGGCCAUCUAUGAUGUGUUGAACUGGCAGCCGAGCUCUGAUGGGUCAAUAAGGCUCCACAAGGUCGGUGUAGUAAAUGGAGCAUCAGGGAUGACCCCACAGUCUGUGUGCAGUGAGAGCUGCCCCCCAGGAACCAGACGAGCCACGAGGAAGGGCCUUCCUGUCUGCUGUUUUGACUGUCUGCCAUGCGGAGAUGGAGAGAUUUCUAAUACAACAGAUGCUGUUGAGUGCAUGUUGUGUCCAGAUGAGUUCUGGUCCAAUCCAGAUAGGAAUCAAUGUGUCCCCAAAGAAGUGGAGUUUCUGUCCUAUGAGGAUCCUCUGGGCAUCUCUCUGACCACUGCAUCUCUGCUUGGCACCUGCUUCUGUGCUUUUGUGAUCAUUGUCUUUGCUUAUCACCAUAACACUCCCAUAGUACGAGCCAACAAUUCAGAGCUCAGCUUUCUGCUUCUGGUGUCACUCAAACUGUGUUUCCUGUGUGUGCUACUGUUCAUUGGUCAGCCACAGUUGUGGACGUGUCAGUUAAGGCAUGCUGUGUUUGGCAUAAGCUUUGUCCUGUGCAUCUCCUGCAUCCUGGUCAAGACUAUGGUGGUAAUAGCUGUGUUUAAGUCAUCUCGACCAGAGGGCAAAGGAGCGAUGAAAUGGUUUGGAGCAACUCAACAAAGAUGCACAGUUCUGGUCCUAACUGCCCUUCAAGUUGUGAUAUGUGCAGUCUGGCUCUCAACUGCCUCUCCGACACCUCAUAAAAACAACCAGUAUAUCCGCUCUAAAAUAGUAUAUGAAUGUGCUAUUGGCUCAGUGGCUGGUUUUUCUAUGCUGCUGGGAUACAUUGGACUGUUGGCAGUAGUAAGUUUCCUCUUAGCCUUCCUGGCAAGAAAUCUACCAGAUAAUUUUAAUGAAGCAAAGUUCAUCACUUUCAGCAUGUUGAUCUUCUGUGCUGUGUGGAUUACGUUUGUUCCAACAAAUGUGAGCUCACCAGGUAAAUAUGCAGUCGCUGUGGAGAUUUUUGCCAUUCUGUCUUCAAGUUUUGGAUUACUGGUGGCCAUAUUUGCCCCAAAGUGCUAUAUCAUUCUUUUACAUCCAGAGAGAAACACUAAAAAUGCAAUAAUGGGAAGAGAAACACAAAAUAAAUAG